AUGGAAACACAGGAAGAUUGUACAAUUAGAAGAGGACAACCCAUUCGUCAUUAUCAAAAUGAUUACAAACCUGAUGGACAUACAAGUUCAAUGCUGGUGAAUCAAUCACAAUACUUAAAUGUUGGAAGAUCUACUGUAAGAAUAGCUGUAUACUUAAUGACUGGAAUUUUUCUAACAAUGGAUAUUGAACAAAAUUCCACUGCACACCAAAUUCUUGCAAUGAUACAAUCCGAAGGGGAACUGGGAUUAACAAGAACCCCUUUGUUCACUGGUCAAACAGUAUUUGCUUUAUGGCUUUGUUCUUCAAGAUUAGAAGUGCAAUUACGUCCAAAUCAUAAGCCUAUAGAGUUGGCUGCCAAAUGGAAUCGUUUGGUAAAGAAGUACAGUUCUCAGAGGGAAGACACAGAUGAAGAACCAUUGCUGUGCCUUAGGAGAAAUGUGUUUCUUUCUCGUUCAGAUGAGGAACAAAUAAAAGAAGCUAAAGUGUUAGAACUAUUGUAUGCAGAGGCUAGAAAUAAUGUGUUACAGGGGCGUUACCCUUGUGAAGGUCAAGCAAGAUAUGCAAGUUUGGGAGCGUUGCAGGCACGCAUUGAAUUAGGCCCGUAUAAUCCUCAAAGUCACACGUUAGCGUUCUUUAGAAGACAUCGUGGUCGAUUUUUACCUCAUCAUUACACUUCUCCUAGUCUAUUAUUAGGACUCGGCGUUGGAUUGGGAUUAGUAGGAGGAAAAGGUGCACCAGAGACUCGCCUCCUCGAACAGUACAAACGAAUACCUAAUCACACGGGAACUAAUACGAAUUCGAGGAAACUCAUCAGAAAAUAUUUGGAAUUUUGCUGGAGUUUACCGUGUUACGGUGCAGCUUUCUUUCAAGGUCAAAUCGAACGUCCUGUGAGGGGCCUUGCAUCGUGGAUCACAAAUCGUGAUAUGCACGUACUUAUAGCUAUUAAUUCGUCGGGUGUAUAUGUCGUGGACGACAUCCAAUGCAGUUUAUUAUUGGGUCUAAGGUAUUCAGAGUUAAGCUGGGAAAUGGCAAAGCCUUCUGACGAAGGUAAUCUGGACUGUCUGCCUUGUUUAUUUCUACAGUUUCCUAUACGAGAGAACGGAGCGCGAGUUUAUAAAAUUCUACAAGUAUUCUCAAGACAAGCAAUAAUGAUGGAUACGUUGAUUUCUGGUUUCGCCGAAGAACAUCGUCGACACGGGACUAACGGUGAUGUUGCAAAUACCGAUCGUUUAACGGAUCAUACGAUAGGUUCUAAUACCGGAAGCUUUACUAAUAAACUCAGUAAAUUCACAUUAGCCACGUUCGACGAUGAAGGUCGAUGUAUCGGACAAAUGGGGUCUUGGUCUUUUCAGUGA